UCCUCCCACCCCAAAGAGCUCAAGAAGUUAAGGUGCUUUCCACAAACGCCUCCCCACUGCCCAUGACGAAGCAACCACAGCAUGUCAUGGCAGAUUCAGGUACUUAUUAAUCUUCAACAGAUCGCAAAGAGCGGAAUCAAGAUUUAACAUUAUUCUUCCUUCAUCCUUCACUUCCAUUGUUUCUGCAAAGACUUUUAUGUAACCACCGCUUUCUCGCUUUCAAAAAAGACCGCUGCAGGAACGCUGGGCACACUAACGAAAACUGCCCAAACGCAGAACCUUCACACCCGCUACUACCAAAGGAAAACCUUAGUCAAAGGGUAACCAUCGAGAACAAACACUCGUAGUAGUAGUUCCCCUGCAAACGACAGAAGAUGAAGAGGUCUCAUCCGAAUCUCAGAAUAGUGGUAAGGCAUCUCCCUCUAUGCCUUCCAUUACCACCCUUGUUCCUUUCUGAAUCAGGCAGUCCAUCGCCAUCCUCUUUUGUCAAUAAAGGGGGCUGAUGAAUAGAAUCUUCCCGAGACAAAAAAUACCUCCCAUAAUCCAAGGAAUCGAUGUUGAGGCAUCGGAGCCGCCGCCAAGCCCCCAGCAUGACGAACAAACCAAAGCCUGGACUCCCCACCAACACAACUCCUCCCCCUUCUCGCCGGGAAAACCUUUGCUCUUAAGCAAGGGUGAAGGUGCCGGGUCUACUUCCUCAGGUCGCUCUUCUCCCUCACUGCCCCCCUUAAGACCCCUCUACAACGGCGAGCCCUUAUAUAAGCUUUCCACCCCGAAGAAGCCCAGUCCUAGCCACACACAAGAUGGCAGUCACACACCUACCGGAGGAAACAGCUGCGCCACCACUCCAGCGAUGCCGGCUACUAGACUGCGGGUAACCCCAUUGGCCCAGCCAGGGAACGCGACACAACCCGAGAACGAUGACAGCCAAUCGGAAGGCGGCGCGCCCAGAUGCCAAGCCCUCAGUGUUGGCGGUGCGCUUGCGGAGCCUCUGAGGCGUAGACCAGGUGGAGUGUGCAACCAAUGGGCUCUUCUGGCUGAGGUAGUAGGGACUGUUUGCGUCAGGCUCCUGUUUGGAGAUCAUGUUAGGUAGACCUAGACGUUUGAAAUUCGCUCUCCUCCCUCCCCUGGCUUAGGCGGAACAGUUAUCACUGAGGUGAUGGCUAGUAAGUGGUGAAGUACUUCCCGGCCAGGUUGCACCCGGCGCCCUGGGGUCUCGGGGGCGAGGAUUCGGCGAAGAGCCCGGUCCGCGUGGAACCCAGCAUCGCCAGCGAGCGGGCAGAGCGCAGCCCUCGAAUCUGGCACGCUCGGAACUCCCCGUGGUGGGCGGCGAGGAAAACGCAGUGGAGCCAGCGUACCUUCGGCUGAGGCUGCACGAGGACGGGAACACCGCCGAGCUUUCGGCUGCGUGAGUGGUGGCUGGACUCCAUCCCUUGCAGCCUCCCUUCUUCCAUCAACGUGCAGUCCCAGGCUGGGGAAGGGACCGCGGGCACACUGAGUUCUUAACCCCAUUGCAUCCUUUCUCGGUCCACGCCGUAAUAAGAAGUGAUUCCUAAGAGGCUGGGAGCCUUAGGCUGUAAAAGGGGCUGCAAGAAAUGGUCUGCAGCAUAAAAUCCAGAAGCAGAACUGGGAGGUUAAACCACUGAGCCGUUUCACAGAAUGUUUUACGUAUUUGUGGACCAAAAGAUGAAGUCGUUUUUUUAUUUUAAAAAAGAUACUGUCAAUGAUCUGAUAGAACUAUAAAUAUUGACUUGAUGAAGAUGCGUGGACUUGUCAUCACUAUGUUGGACUGUUAAUCAUUUCUGAAAAUUUCUUCAACCACAAUUUCUAUUUGAAAAUUUGAGUAUCAAAGAAUAUUCUAUUUGAAUUGUAUAAUUAUGCAUUUUGUCCGAGAACUGCCAAUUUCAUAGAGACUACCUCUGGAUUCCAGUUAUAUUCUCCAAUCAAAGUGAUUCAUAUCAUUCGUCCUUUUAAUUUUGAAGAGUUUUAUACUUACAAACGACAUCAAAAGAUGGGAGAGAAAAAUGCCACCCCAGCUUUCAGCAAUCACUGCCCUGAUCAGUCAGCAGCCAUCAACAUCGAGGUGAUGCCAAAACUUUCUGGAUGGAGCUGGAAGGUGAUGGAAAAGUGGAUUUUAUAUUUGACCAAGUGCAAAAUGUGUUGCAGUCACUGAAACAAAAGAUCAAAGAUGGGUCUGCCACAAAUAAAGAAUAUAUCCAAGCAAUGAGUCUGGUGAAUCAAGCAACUGUAAAUAACAAUUCAGCAUUGAUAAAGGAUGGUACACCUGUGACUCAGAACAAACAGGAAAACAAGUCAAGUUCGUUGCCCUCUACAUCGUAUGAAAACUCCUUUCCCAGAGACCAUACAUUUCCAUCUACAGAAAAUAAGGAAAUUCUUCCUUUGGAAAAUGAAGUUACAGACUUAAGAGAAAAAGAGUCACCUUUGAGUUUAUCUUACCAAAGUCAUGACUGCUCUGGAGCCUGCCUGAUAAAAAUGCCACUAACCUUCAAGGGAGAAAACCCUCUGCAGCUUCCAAUCAAAUGCCACUUCCAAAGACAGCAUGCGAAGACAAACUCCCAUUCUUCAGCACUCCAUGUGAGUUACAAAACCCCUUGUGGAAGGAGUCUACGAAACGUGGAGGAAGUUUUUCGUUACCUGCUUGAGACAGAGUGUAACUUUUUAUUUACAGAUAACUUUUCUUUCAAUACCUAUGUUCAGUUGACUCGGAAUUACCCAAAGCAAGAAGAGAUCGUUUCUGAUGUGGACAUUAGCAGUGGAGUGGAAUCGGUGCCCAUUUCUUUCUGUAAUGAAAUUGACAGUAGAAAGCUUCCAUAUUUUAAGUACAGAAAGACUAUGUGGCCACGAGCAUACUACCUAAACAACUUUUCCAACAUGUUUACUGAUUCAUGUGACUGCUCUGAGGGCUGCAUAGACAUAACAAAAUGUGCAUGUCUUCAGCUGACAGCAAGGAAUGCUAAGACUUGUCCAUUGUCAAGUAACGCCAUAACCACUGGAUAUAAAUAUAAAAGACUACAGAGACAAAUACCUACUGGCAUUUAUGAAUGCAGCCUGUUAUGCAAGUGUAAUCGACAGAUGUGUCAGAACCGGGUUGUCCAGCACGGUCCCAAAGUGAGGCUGCAGGUGUUCAAGACUGAGAAGAAGGGGUGGGGGGUGCGCUGCUUGGAUGACAUUGACAGAGGGACGUUUAUUUGCAUUUAUUCAGGAAGAUUACUAAGCAGAGCUAACAAUGAGAGACCUGAUGCUAUUCAUGAAAAUGGGAAAGAAGAGGAUACUAUGAAAAACACGUUUGCAAAAAAGAGGAAAAUGGAAGCUGCAUGUUCAGAUUGUGAGGUUGAAAUUAUCCCAUUAGAACUGGAAACACAUCCUAGAAGGGCUGUAACUGAGGAAUGUCCACCUAAGUUCAGUAAUGAAUCCACAGAGCCCGCUACGGAAAUGAAGUAUAACAAUAUUUCAAGAAUUCAAUAUCAUUCAGUCAUUAGAAGUCCUAAAACCAAGAUAGCCAUUUUCCAACACAAUGGAAAAAAGAUGGGAUUUGCUUCCUCAGCGUCUGUCACCUCAGAAGAUGAUAAUGGGUGUGAACCAACCCUAAUACCUCUGAACUCUGAAGCCAAGGAAGUUAAAAAGGACUCAAGCUCAGACCAAGUUGAAGAUUCUGAAGAGAAUUUGCUGAUUGAAUCAGAUGUGAUAGAUAUUACUAAAUGUAAAGAAGCUCCCCCAGAGGGCAAGUGUAACCAAGCAACCACAUUGGAUAACCAGAGGAUAAUAAAAAAGUCUGAGGGUCAAACACAAAAUCCCCAAGAGGAAAACUCUCCAGCAUCUCAAAAUCAGCAGGUCUUUUAUGAUGAAGAGUUGCCAUGUCAAACCAAAUAUACUUCAUCCGAUGAUCUAAGGAAGUUCAACAAAGGGAGUGUAUUUUUACUGGAUGCCACAAAAGAAGGAAAUGUGGGCCGCUUCCUUAAUCAUAGUUGUUGCCCAAAUCUCUUGGUACAGAAUGUCUUUGUAGAAACACACGACAGAAAUUUUCCAUUGGUGGCAUUCUUCACCAACAGGUAUGUGAAAGCAAGAACAGAACUAACUUGGGAUUAUGGUUAUGAAGCUGGGAGUAUGCCUGAGAAGGAAAUCCUCUGCCAGUGUGGGGCUAAUAAGUGUAGAAAAAAAAUACUAUAAAUAUGUAGCUAAUGCCUUUUCCUGAAAUUAGUUUAUGGAGCUGAAAUUAGAGCCAUCCAGAAGAAUCAUCAGUCAUGGAAUUAAUUUAGAUUUUGGCCCAUCAAGCUAAUGCCUCUCAACUUACCCUCAUCAGGGGACUCAUGUUUUAUUUUUAUUUUAUUUAUGUGAGUUAGAAAUGCUUGGAACAAAAUAAGGAUACAUUUAGGGCAUCUCUUUAUUCAGCUUCACACAAGUGGGAUGGAAGGGUAUAUUUGAAAUUCAUUGUACAAUUUGUAACUUAUUUGUAAAUUGUAAAUAUUAGGAGAAACAAAUGUCACAAUAGAAUUCAGGUAUUUCUUAUUGUUGCUUUGUGGUUAUUAUCUUUUAAUCCAUGCCCCAAAGAGCCAUAUUUCACCUCUUUACCUACAAAAAUUUAUUUAUAUUUAAUUUCUAGCAAGUCAUUUACCAUCAUGAGACCCAUGUUGUUACCAGGUUAAUUUUAGUUAAGCAAUUAAGUCUUCAUAAUAAUGUCCAGUUGCUUAUUGGUUCAGUUUUUUGUUUGCAUCAGUAUAAGUGUCUUCACUGCUUUCUAACCUACUUUUGGCCCUUCUUUCAUCUUCUCUUACAUUUAACUUUGUUUAUGCAUUCAUUCCCAGUCUGAAUCCUUCCAUGAUGUGCUUUUAAACUAGAGCAAAAAAUCAUGGACUAUUCUUCUGUGACGGUUUUUACAAAGACCUUUAUGUGGUGGCUGGUUCAAAAGUAGACCCUAUCAAGGUAACUGCAAUAGAGAAAUAAAAGAUAAAGCAGUGCCAUGUGUAUAGUGGAGAAAGCCCUAAAUUAACAAAACCUGCAAUCCAAGUCUUAACUCUUAGCAUUUAUGGGCUUUGUAGCCUUGGACAGAAUCACUUAAUAUUUAUAAACAAAAAAAAAACCUGUUGCCGUCAAGUUGGUUCCGACUCUUGGAUGCCCCAUAGGGUUCCCAAGGAGUAGCUGGUGGUUUUGAACUGCAGACUUUUUGAUUAGCAACCAGUUUCUUAACCACCAGAGUUCCUAGUAUAGGCCUCUAAAAAUCAGGUUUAGAUUUCUGUAUAGAAACAUGGGAAGAAAGUACUUUCCAACUCGUUUUAUGAAGCUAGUAUAACCUUGAUACCAAAAAGUUGACAAGGACAGUCUAAAGCAGGAAAACUAUAAGCCAAUAAUACUAAUGAAAAUAGAUCUAAGAAUCCUAAAACAAAUAUUAGCAAAUAAAAUCCAACAGUGUGUAAAAAAGAUACUAUCAUGACCACGUUAGGGUUAUAUCAGGAAUACGAGGUUAGUCUCACAGAGGAAGAGCAACUAACGGAAACUUUAGGAGGCAAAAUCAAGAGGGCAGCAUAGGUUUUAAGCCUUUCCAAAUCCACUCUUAAAAAGAGUAACUAGGAUAGCAAAAGAAGAAAAACUACCUUUUCACCAAAGCUAGUGGCAAGAUAGCUCCAAAACCCAGAAGAUGAGUGGUUGGGGCCAAAUCACCUCCAACAGCAAGAUUCACCCAAGACUGUGUGAAGAUAGCACUGGGAAGAAAAGGGGAUUUCCAGGGCCCCAAGAACUCUAGGACUCGCCUGUGAGAGGAGAGAACCCCACUCAGAAUGGAAUCCUCGGCCAAAAAAUGUAAGAACAACCAGCAAAGCUGGGAGAAGGCUCCUCAGGCACCAAUUUUGAGUGAAUGCAAUAAAGUCCAAAGAACUCACUAAAGGGCCAUGAGAAGAUUAGGCUUACUAGGGCAGCUAAGCCCUCAACGAUCUCAGAAAUACCCAGUAAGAACUGCCUUCCAAUCUAGGACAGAGACCAGUCCUAAGGAAGGUGUGUGUGGUCAUUUUCAGUAAAAAGAGCAGAGAGAACCCGUAGACUGUGAAGCUAGGAAAGCUACCUUGGCUCAGCUUCCCCUACACAGAUCCUCCUCAAAGCCUGUUUCGUUUAAACACAAAACGGUAAAAGAUUGUGACCAAACACCCUACAAAGAUAUUAGAAAAGAGGGAAAUUAAAAGUAAUGUUCCAAUAAGAUCAUGAGUGCUUAUUGGAAAAUUAUGGCCACAAAGCAGGUGAAAACUAACCUGUUAUAAAAAUAAGUUCAAAGAGUUAGAAAACUAUUGAAGCCAUGAGGGAGCAGCGUAAACCAUAAACGGGCAUUAAAGCCACAGUUGGAUGCCAUUACACACCCACUCAAUUGGCAGAUUUUAAAAUUUUGAGUGUUAAAAAGAAGAAACAUGUUGGAAAAGAGUUCCCAUUAGUAAAGUUGAACUGUGCAUACACCCUAAUCCAGCAAUUCUACUCCUAGAUAUAAACUAUGGGAAACACAACUUUGUAUCUGAAGACGUGUAUUAUAAUAUUUAAAGUGAUACUGUAAUUCAAAACCUGGAAAUAACUUGGAUAUCCAUUGGAAACAAGGAUAAAUAAAUUGUGGUCAACCAUUUGAGAGAGGAGGGGGAAAAUUCUGUUAUGAGGAAGAUUCUGGCAAACUCUGAGAUGAAAAUUCUUUUCCACCAAUUCUUUUCACUACUUUAAUACAAACACAGAAGAAGAGGGAAUAGACACCUGGAGAAACUUGCAUAUUUUGUUCUAGGUAGAAUCGAGCCGUAAGAAAAGGAAACCAAAAAACUAGUCAAACUUGGCUUACUUAGGCCAGAGUUCUACUGAACUGCAAAGUCUUAAACAGCCCCUUGGAAUCUCCUGGGCAUGAUUUACACAUUGUUUUUCUAAAGAAAAAAGAAGAGUUACUUUGUUAGUCCUGGUCAUCUAGUGGGAAAGGGGCCUGGGAGCUCCAAGAGUCAAAACUAGUUUUUUUCAGUAGGAGAGAUGUACAUUUGGGUCCCCUUGGAACCCAAAUGGGAAUACUAAUUUGAAAAGGUGUGAUUAAAAUUAGUUCUGGCUUUUAGUAAGUUUUUUUUUUUUUUUUUUUUUCUGGAUGUAUGGGUUUUGUUUAGUUACCUUUCAAACAAAAAUCUAAGUUUGGACCCAAUUUAAUUUUUUCAAAAUAUUCAACUUUGUGAAUAUUUAACUUGAAAUUAUUUGAGGAUGGGAAACUAAAGAGUUAGCUAAAGGGAAUUAUAACUCAACAGUUUACAAAUGGAGAAAGUUGAGAAGUCCAUUGUUUCCCCUAGGGAUGCAGAAAUAUCUGACAAUACACUAAAAUAAAGUGAAGAAACUUGGUCAGUAUAGGAGGUACUUUUAUGCAGGAUAGACUGUUGUGGAUCAGCCGUACUUCUUGUGAUUUGCCUUUGGAAUCAACUUGACAUUCAAACACAUGAGGUAAUAAUUUCAUCUUUUAGGAGAAGUCUCUUGAGAUUGCAGUUUUCUCCAAUCUGGACCGGUUCACAGCUGCUAUCUUUAACCAGUACCCUAGACAUUCCUGUUGUCUCCUGUCAGAGGUCCUAUUUCCAGUUAAAUCCCAUUAUUUCCCUUUUCCUUGAUUUACUCUCACGUAACAGUGAUCAUGUCCUGCAGUAGCUUUUGAGAAAGAAAAAAUAAGAGGUAAAUUUUUUGAGACCUGACAUGUUUGAAAAUGACUUUAUCUUACAUUUGAUUACUAUUUCGACAGGGUAUAGAAUGAAUUCUCAACUAGCCUCCUUAUUUUGAAGGCGUCUGCUAGCUUCUAGCGUUGCUGCUGUGACGUCUGAAGCCAUUCUUGCCUUCUAGCUUCCAGGGUGACUAUUGGAAGUCAGAUAAGUGUCCUGUAUUUUCUGUAUAUACAGGUAGUCCCUGACUUGAAAAUGGGGUUCCCUUCCGACGACUCCAUAAGUCAGUUCUGAUGUAAGUCGAAUAACUUUUUUUUUUUUUACUUUUCAUUUUUACUAUGUUUUAUUAUCAGUAUCUAUAAAUCUGAUCUUUGAACAUCUUGGAGUGAACAUCUGAGAAUGAUAACAUCAGCAAAUUACACACUGCGACAUUGUAUGUAGUCCAAACCAAACCAAACCCAGUGCCGUCAAGUCGAUUCUGACUCAUAGCGACCCUAUAGGACAGAGUAGAACUGCCCCAUAGAGUUUCCAAGGAGCGCCUGGUGGAUUCAAACUGCCGACUCUUACGCCACCAGGGUUUCCUUGCAUGUAGUAUAUAUUACAAUAAGGUAUAAAAAAAAGAUAAAAACUGAUGGUCAUUAAGUGGUUCGUUGUAACUCAAAUACAUCCUAAGUCGGGGGCUGCCUGUAUAACGAAUUUUUAUAUGUCUUAAAACUUCUAGGAUUACCUUUGUCCCAAUGUUCUGAAAUCUCAUAGUGAUAUGACCCCGUGAAAUGGUAUGGGUCCAUUUUUCAUCUGUCAGACUGCGUGCUUAGCAGGCUCUUUCAGUCCAAAAACUUUGUUCUUGAGCUUUUGCAAUUUUUUUUGGACUGUUUCUUUAAUGAUUCUCAUCUGUCCUCUCUUUAUAGAAUUCUUGUUGUUAGAUGUUAGACCUUAAGAAUUGGUUCUCUAAUUUUCUUAUCUUUUUCUUCUAAUUUUCAGCUCUUUGUCUUUUUUCCCUACUUUCUGGGAGCUUUCCACAACUUAAUCUUCCAAUUUGUCUAUUGUGUUUUCAUUUCUGAUCUCAUAUUUCUAAUUUCUAAGAUCUCACUUUUUAUUCCCUGAUUUUUUUUUUUAAAUAGUAUUUUAUUGUAUUUUUGGUGAAGGUUUACACAGCAGUGGUUCCCAUUCAACAAUUUCUAAAGUUAUUCAGUGACUGGUUACAUUCAUCACAAUGUGUGAAUAUUUCAUUAUUUCUGUUCUGGUUGUUCACUUUCCAUUAAUCUAGUUUCCUUGCCCCCUCACAUUCUCAUCUUUGUUUUAAAGUAAUUGUUGACAGUUUGGUCUCAUGUAAGUGAUUUUUUUAAAUAAUAUUUUAUUGUGCUUUCAGUGAAGAUUUACACAGCAGUUUAGUUUUCCAUUCAACAAUUUCUACACACGUUCGGUGACACUGGUUUAUUCUCUGAAUUUUGUUGUUGUUGUUUUGGCUUUAGUCUUUAUAUUUCAUAUUACGAUUUUUCUCCAGAGUUCUAGUGAUCUUGAUGGUCUACUCCUGUUGAAGAGUGGGACACCAAAAAGCUGAUCGAUCAUAAACUCUAAGGAGGGCUGGGAUGGCUCUUUGGGAGCUUCACCAUGUUAGAGCUGAGCUGUUUUGCCGGGGAACCCCCUAAUGUCAAUUUCUUUAGGGCUUUCCUUUUGUCUUGGGAACUAAUAUGCUUCCAUCCUUCUGCCUAGAGGGCAGAAGCUUGCCUUCCAGGGUCUCCUCGUAUCCCCUUGUACUGCAGCCCUUCACUUCUGCUUCUGUAAUCCAUCCCUGUUUGUCAAGACUAAGUUGUUCCUUUUUAAUAAUAUUGCUUCUCUCCUCCCUUACCCAAUUUGCAUCCUUUCUUCCCUUUAAAACCUGCCCAAGAUGCAACUCCCCCAGACAUUUUUCUUCUAAUCCUUCCAGCAAACCGCCAACAAUUAUAUGCUGCUUUUCACAACUUACUUUUUAACUAUAAUUACAUGCAUUUAUGUUCUCUACAUUUAUAUUUGUUACAUGCACUGAAAACCUCAUCCUGUAUGGUGCUGUGUACCCCAUGGGUGCUAAAUAAAGGCUUGCUAUUGGCAACUGGGUUUAGGGUUUGUUGAUUAUGCGUCGGUUUAAGAUGUAGGCCAAACUCGGGGUAAAUGUGCGAUAAAAUUUUUUUAGGAGAAAAAACAGAUGAACCUCUGGCUGAGCUUAGGCGCUUUGGCCACCUUCCCUCCGACGGCAGCGGAGGCGGGGCAGGGAGCGCCUGGUGUUUUUGCCUUUUUUAAAGCAAUACAACUUACGAAUCGCAUCUGGGAAAACCCGAACUUCUGUUUGAAUGAGAAGCCCUACCUGCAAACCUGAGU